AUGUCGUUUCAAGACAACCCAAACCUGGAAAGCCAGCCGACAACCUGGCGGCGUGAGGACGAUCCACAGUACACGGACGACCCGGAGUUCCAGCGCUACACCACUCAACUGUCCGACAAGCUAUUCUCCCUGACCUCGAAUAUCUCGCGCCUCUCGAACCAAAUCGCACUCUUAGGCACACGCCGCGAAACCGACCGUGUCCGCGAACGAGUCCAAGAUCUGCUGUCAGAAACAGGCGAUGGCUUCAAAGAGGUCGGCGAAGGCCUCAAGAAGGUCCAAGGAUGGCAUGACAUGGGACCCAGCCAGAAGUACACCGCAGGAAAGCUGGGAACAGAGUUUCGCGCAAGCUUGACGGAAUUUCAGAGCCUACAGAGACAAGCACUGGAGAAACAGAGGGCCAGUGCAUCAAGCGCAAGAGCCGCGAUGGAGCAGGAGGGCGUAGAAGGCGGUGCACAUGGACAAGGUGGACAGCAACAGCAACAACUGCAAGAGCAGCAGCAACUACGACUCGCAGACCAGAGUGAGGUGGACUUCCAAGAGUCGUUGAUCAUCGAGCGGGAAAGCGAGAUCAGAAACAUUGAGUCGUCGGUCUCAGAACUGAACGAGCUGUUCCGAGAUGUCGCCACGAUGGUGCACGACCAGGGUCAAUCACUCGACAUUAUCUCGGAGAAUGUCACAAGCACGAGGGACGCCACGAGGGAUGCGGAUCAACAGCUCAGGACAGCCAGCCGGCAUCAGAAGAGCGCAAGAGGGAAGGCCUGUUGCCUGUUGAUUAUUUUGGCUAUUGUCUUGGCCGUGGUGAUUUUGGCCGUAGUACUUUGA